AUGAAUCUCCAGCAUCUGGCCGAUAUUAUCUCUCCUCGAUUGCCCCUUGAGCUUGUAUGGCUCAUUCUCUCCCACUUGCCAGUGCAAGACAUUAUUCGCCUCGUCCAAGAUGAUUGCAUUGACCGCCUUUUAAUUGCCCAUCCCUUUUUUAACGAACGCCAUAUACAUGUUCUCUUGACGGUGGAUCCAACUGCAUUUCAAGCCUAUCUCGUUCCUGGCAGACCCUUGCCCAACUUGACAUACGCCGAACCCUGCGGCCAAUUCUAUUCCAUAGCACAACCUCUAUCAUUGGCAAGCUUUCAUUAUACCAAGCAUCGUAUCGAAUUUCACAAUGAUGACCAAGACAAAUGGGUGAGAAUUCACCCGCCAUCAUCAGCAACGACAACAACAACGACAACCAAUGGAGUGGCAGGUGUAAUGGGUAUGGCUGUUGUGCUGGUUCACAAUAAUGUCAUUAUCAAAAGAAGUUUACAUGCCGUCAAUCCCGCUCGCACACCUUGGUUUGAACGAUCUCAGGGAUAUUUUGGUGGAGGUGUUCAAUUUGAAUACAACAAGGACAAAGGAGGAGCAAGAGUAGCUUUUUGUACUGCCAACAUGGAUUGGUUCUGUUCUUGA